GGCUUGAUUCCCUAUAAAUGAUAAAAUGGGAGAAAAGGAUGAACUCCGUUAGCAGACUCCCCUCCAAGCCUGUCUCAAUGGACCGGUCCUAUCUCGUUCGGACUAUGAAGAGCACCACCGCUGCUCUCGACAGGCGCAUAAGCAACAAGCAUCGCGUUGGACGUGACGGUAAAAAUUUUAUGAACGCGCCGUGAUGUCGCUCAAUCUCUCGGGAAAUGGCAGAAAGGGGUGCGCUAUGAUAUGGAACUCCCCUGUUGGAGUGCGUCAAUGAACCUGUCCAGUGCGAUAUUUAAGCGCGCCACCGCUGCGCUCCCAUGGCGCAUCUGUAGCGACGAGUUUGGAGCGACAGUUAAAUUUUUUUAUAAAUCGCCGUGAGGUGCCGUGGCCUCCUCUGAUCUGAUCCGUCUCUUGUUCUGGCUUUGCUGACAUCCGAUAGAUGGCGACCUCGCCAGUCUUCAAGAUGAACCACGCAGCAGAGGAGCGAUCCAUCAGCGCCUGCAAAUGCCAAGCAGGCACGAGCAAGCACAAAACGAAACGGCUGAGGUCGCGUAAGGAGCGCAGUCAGACGAGAGGCAGGAAGGACUGCUGCCAGCUCAAAAUGGGCCGCUGCCACCUUGACGGCGGCCUGGAUGUCAGGCACCUGCACGGCUGCUGCCGUCACGGCAGGAGGAGGGACGGUGCGUCGCCUCCACCGCCGCCGCUCUGCGAGGCGCUGGCUCCCACGCAGGAAGCCAGCGUCAUCACGGAGGCCCGCCUCAUCGGCCACCGGGGGCUCUUCAAUCGCGAGGUCAAGUCCAUCGACAUUGAGCGGCUGUUAUUCGGGAAGAAGGAGGCAACGGUUAAGGAGACGUCUUCGCAUGUCAUGAGUGACGCCAGUGGCCCCGAUGAGGAGGUUCAAGCCACUCGGGCCCAGGAAAGCCAGGCGUCAGAUAAGACGCCGAGCCAAAGAGAACAAGAGCAACCUUCAUCCGCAUGUUCUGCCGACGCCCCGUUGGCAAAGACCCGGAAACCCGAUCCGCGCCAGAGGCCGCCGCCUUCUGCCGACCGCGCAAAGAAGCCCCCCGAGCAAGAGCGAGCACCCACCCCCAUCCUUCGUCGACCCGUCGCUGCGGAAACCGGGGUGAAGGCGCACGCCCAAAGUCAAGGCGCCACCCGGGAGUCCGUCGCCGCCGUGUCUCGGCGCCUGCGCGAGGCCUUGCGCUUCCCUUCGGCGAAGAAGCGCGACCUGGUGGCGGAGAGCAGGGAGGUGCUGCUGCGAGCCCUGCGAGAGGCGCACGGCCAGCGCCUGCAGGAGAACCUCCUCCACAUGCGCUCGGGCGGCAGGCCACGCCCUCACCAGAGGAGGGAGGUGCACCAUCGGAAAGCCCGCGACAGACGCUUGACGCCAGACGCAUUCCCAUCACCAUUUCAAGCCCACUCAUCGGAUGCCUUCUUUUUCGGAAGUGAGGACUCUCUGGUUUUGGGAAACGCAAGGAAAGGAACGAAGCAGGUUUCCUGGGGUCUCGGUGGCUCGCCACUGCAGCACGUCAGCCAGCUCGGCGCUUGGCUAACAAGCCCAAAGGACAGCUCGGCGGGCUUCUUGGAGGACAUCAUCAGGCCUCGCAUCUUGCCGGAGUUCAGCAUGGACUUCGGUCCCUCCAGUUCUUCGUCUGCGGCGGUUCACGGUCUGUUCGACCUGCCGGACUCCUGGUCAGCGGAACCCCCGGCGUACGACUUCGGCAAAGCCACCAUCGCAUCGGAUCCCUUCGAGGACCUUUUUGCGCAGGGACGGUGGAGUCCGUCGCAGGCGCGCUCCACGCGACACGGCCCCAGUCGGGAGCUGUCAGGCCGAUAUUCACAGGAGGACUUUCCCCUGCAGCGGGACGCCUUAUUUGAAAGUCAACAGUAUUCCUUCGCCCCCACUUUUUCCUCCCACCCUUUAACCUCCCUCCGCGACCACCCUUACAGUCUCGAAAGCACUCCGUCUUUAUUCGCGUCCUUGUCAAGCCCCAAGCACUGGUCCUUUCACCCCAGGAAACUAUACUAAUGCACCACUUCAAUUAGAACUCUAGGAAAAAAGUCUUCUUGACAAAAAACAUGUCCGAACGCUCUAUCCUGAUGGAUAUUGCACGAUUGGAAUAAGAAUUCUGCAGAUUAUUCCAUUCGUUUUCUUCAUCCAUCUCAGGCGGCUGCCAUUUUGUCCUACACCGCCCCCUGCUGGCGACCGAAAUUUAUGUCUCGGUGCUCCCGGGCUCGCACUGCAAACGUCUCGAGACCGAACCCAGAAAACUGCUGUGAACGCUCCUGAUUGCAAGCUGGGGGGGCACGUCGAUGUCAAUUUCUGUCAGCAUAAGAGGGCGGUAUAGCAGGACAAAAUGGCAGCCGUGUCAAAUAGAUGAAAACAAAUUGAAUAAUCGGAUUAAUUCCACGAAUGCGAUAUUCAGCAAAAUGUCAUAUUUAGAUGAGUUAUUAGGACUUAUUUUAGUUCUUUGCUAAACACUCAUCAUAAGCCAUUGGGUCUCCUAUAAAAAUAAACAGUGAAAGUGUGCCGUUUGAUUUAGGAAUAGUCACGGCUUAUCGGUGAGCUUGUCUCUCAAAAACUCGUUAGUCAAGGCGCUCGUAUCUCAAGGCACCACUGUCAUGACAUGAAGAAAAUCUAAGUUAGA